UUAUUGUGUGACAUAAUUCCAUUAAAUGCUAUUGCCAUUACAGACACAUUAUCUUAUGGCAUUCUUAACAUUGAGAUUGAUUGAACUGUUAAGUUUUAAUUGUGACUAUUGGUACUCUUGACCUCCAGUGAGACAAAGAAAACAACAGAACUUGGACAAAAUUUAAGUGAGAAAAUGUCCAAAGGACCGAUGUGUAAUGUGUCCGAUUAUGAAGAGUUUGCUCUGUCAGUGCUGCCCAAGUCCACGGCCGACUACUACAAGAGUGGGGCGGAGAAUGAGUAUUCAUUAAACCAGAAUCGGCAGGCUUUCCAGAGGUUGCGUUUGCGUCCGCGUAUGCUGGUGGAUGUGUCGCAACUGUCAUGCAGCACCAAAGUGUUUGGGGAGGAGGUCGCCAUACCCAUCGGGAUCGCUCCGACUGCGAUGCAAAAAAUGGCACAUCCCUCCGGAGAGUGUGCUAAUGCUAAAGCGGCUGGUGCCAUGGGUACCAUCUUCACCCUGUCCACUAUCUCUACAAGCAGCAUAGAGGAGGUGGCUGAGGCAGCUCCUGAUACUGUCAAAUGGUUUCAGUUGUACAUCUACAAGGACAGGGAAGUAACAAAAAAACUUGUCCAAAGAGCAGAAAGAAGUGGAUUCAAAGCACUCGUACUUACUGUUGAUGCACCAAUUUUUGGAAUCAGAUACGCAGAUGAGAGAAAUAGAUUUAGUCUUCCUCCACAUUUAAGGCUUGCCAACUUUUCUGACGACAAGGCAACCAAAGUUACAGAGGCAAGAGAUGACCAGUCAAGUUUAAACGCGUAUGUGUUCUCGUUACUGGACCAAAAACUGACCUGGAAAGAUAUCAAGUGGCUGAAAAGCAUCACAAGGUUACCAAUCGUGCUGAAGGGGAUACUUACAGCUGAAGAUGCAAUCAUAGCAGCUGACCUGGGCGUAGAAGCGAUACAGGUGUCCAACCAUGGAGCUCGGCAGUUGGACACUGUUCCUGCUGCGAUUGAAGCCUUACCGGAAAUUGUGAAAGCUGUAGGUGACAGAUGUGAGAUUUUCUUUGACGGAGGUGUGAGAAGUGGCACUGAUGUUUUUAAAGCUGUCGCUUUGGGUGCAAAAAUGGUAUUUGUUGGUAGACCUGCUCUGUGGGGUCUAGCACACAGUGGACAACAGGGUGUGGAGCACAUUUUAAAAAUCCUCAAAAAAGAACUCAUAACGUCAAUGACUCUUACAGGUUGCACUUCAUUAGCUACCAUAUCGAAAUCUAUGGUAGUGCACGAAAACUACUACAGCCGUCUGUGAUCAUCUUCGUCUCAUCCAGCAAUCGUUCAGUGGAAUUACAGUUAUUUUUAUUUAAAUUAUAGGAAUAUAUGAUAGAAUUUUCUAUGAAAAAUAAAGUUUUCUUGUAUGUAUACUAGGGUAAGUUGAGAUAAAAUGAAUCUCAAGUUUCAUUUUAUUAGUUAGUUAUAAAACGAUCUGAAAGAUUUAUAAUUCUCUCGAGUCAUAUUUUUUGUUAUUAAAGACUCAUAUUAAUAGUUAUAGGGUUCUCAAAGUCUACUUAGUUGUAGUGUUACUAUUUGUUAUCUAAUGUAAUAAAAUUAAAAUUUAUUGUUUUAAACAAAUACAUUUUUCUACUGUGUAAAUAAACAUAUUUGAAAUUUUUAAAGAUAUUAUGUAUACUGUAUUUGAAAUAAAACAUUUUUAUAUA